UGACAGAGGCAACAGCAUUGUGUCUGGUUUAAGCAGGCGAGCUCCUCAAACCCAGGCCAUGGGCAAGUAUGAAGCCUGAACACAGAACGAUACUCACAAGACAGUUGACCAGGAUGUCGUGGCCUACCACACUAGGUCUAAAGCCAAGAAGAAGAGGAUGUCUCUGAGGAGGAUGAGCACACCAUCCUUCCAGAAGUGGAGGAGGAGGAGGCCUUCUUCCCAGGCCCUGGGGAACAUUGUGGGCUGCAGAAUUUCUCACAGAUGGAAGGAAGGUGAUGAGCCCGUCACCCAAUGGAAGGCCAUCGUUCUAGACCAACUGCCAACAAAUCCCUCUCUCUAUCUGGUGAAGUAUGACGGAAUUGACUGUGUCUAUGGACUGGAACUUCACAGCGAUGAGAGGAUUUUAAAGCUUAAGGUCUUGCCUCACAAAGUAGUGUUUCCUCAAGUGAAAGACGCCCAUCUCGCAAGUGCCAUGGUUGGCCGAGCUGUGGAGCAUAAAUUUGAGGGCAAACAUGGCUCUAAGUACAACUGGAGGGGGGUGGUCCUAGCCCAGGUGCCGAUCAUGAAAGACUGGUUUUACAUCACCUACGAGAAAGAUCCAGCUUUUUACAUCCACGAGCUCCUGGAUGAUUACACAGAAGGUAACCUCCGUAUCAUUCCAGAGAUUCCCCCAGCAGAGGUGAAGUCAGACGUUGACAGCGACAUCUUAACAGGUCAAUGUGUGCAGUUCACCAGAGACAACGGGUCCAAAAAGAUCGGCAAAGUCAUUUACCAAGUCCCAGCUAAGCCUUCCAUGUACUUCAUCAAGUUUGAUGGCGACGUCCACAUCCACGUCUAUAAUCUGAUGGAAAAGAUCUGUUAAGAUACCCACGGGCCUUUGACAACCCCAGUAUCUUUUUCAGUGGAAUUUGUUUUUGCUCUAAAAAUUAAAAUGUGCGAUGUGACGUGUUGUGUGUGAACACUUUGGUGGAGGAGACGGGCUGUGGUGGACGGAACAUGGAGAGGAAGCCGGAAAGGUCAAGGCUGUGAACAACGAGCUCUUGAUACAUUGGUCAUCUCUCCAGGCCCCUAAAGUCAUCUUUUCAAAUUCAUCCAACCUUCACAUGUAGAGAAGAGACCAGUAUGAAGAUGACCACAAAGAGCUCCUGCACUGGCUUGUCUUGCCUGGAUCUCCUUCGACUGGAUGGCUUCCUACACACCUGUGGGCCCUUUUACUGUAACUAGCCCCAGGAAGUUCCCGUCUUUUACUCACAUGAAAGCUUAUCAUCAGCAAACUUCUGAUGGUGCCUCCAAUGCAGAGGUGCUGAGCUCUUUCCUAUGCUAUUUGCCGUGACUUUAAAAUGCUUUGCGGUUCCUGACCAUGUAGCUCUCUCCUCCUGAGAAGCCCCUGUGCACCCCAUGGGGUCUCCCUGAGCCACAUCUACACUCCAAGAGUGUCUUUGGAGAC